AUUUUUGGUGACAAAAUUGGUGGGGACACUCAAUUAUCAUUGCCGGUGGAAUUCCUUUAUAUAGUGCUAUGAUGAGAAGCUAGUCCGAUCACACCCUCUCUUUCUCACUCCAUCAAAACAUCUUAUCUCUAUCCAUGGAUCCUUAUAAGUUCCGUCCCUCAAGUGCGUUCAAUACUUCUUUCACCACUACCAACACUGGGAAUCCAGUUUGGAAUGACAACAAUGCUCUCACUGUCGGCAGCAGAGGGCCAAUCCUUCUAGAAGACUACCAUUUGGUAGAAAAAGUGGCCAACUUCGCCCGGGAAAGGAUCCCGGAGCGUGUGGUCCACGCCCGGGGCGCGAGCGCCAAGGGGUUCUUCGAGGUGACCCACGACGUGUCCCACCUGACGUGCGCGGACUUCCUCCGCGCCCCGGGCGUCCAGACCCCUCUGAUCAUCCGCUUCUCCACGGUGAUCCACGAGCGCGGCAGCCCCGAGACCCUCCGCGACCCGCGCGGGUUCGCCAUCAAGUUCUACACCCGCGAGGGCAACUUCGACAUGGUGGGGAACAACAUCCCCGUCUUCUUCAUCCGCGACGGGAUGAAGUUCCCCGACCUCAUCCACGCCAUGAAGCCCAACCCCAAGUCCCACAUCCAGGAGACGUGGCGCUACCUCGACUUCUUCUCCCACAUCCCCGAGAGCCUCAACACCUUCACCUUCUUCUUCGACGACUACGGCAUCCCCCAGGACUACCGCCACAUGGAGGGCUUCGGCGUCCACACCUUCACCCUCAUCAACAAGGCCGGAAAGGUGAGCUACGUGAAGUUCCACUGGAAGCCGACCUGCGGCAUCAAGUGCCUCUCGGACGAGGAGGCGAAGCGGAUCGGGGGCGAGAACCACAGCCACGCCACCAAGGACCUGUACGACUCCAUCACGGCGGGCAACUUCCCGGAGUGGAAGCUCUUCAUCCAGAUCAUGGACCCGGCGGACGAGGACAAGUUUGACUUUGACCCCCUCGACGUGACGCUGACGUGGCCCGAGGAUAUCAUACCGCUGCAGCCGGUCGGGAGGAUGGUUCUGAACAAGAACAUCGACAACUUCUUCGCCGAGAACGAGCAGCUCGCCUUCAACCCUUCCUCCAUUGUGCCCGGGAUUUUCUUCUCCAAUGAUAAGAUGCUUCAGUGCCGGACUUUCGCCUACGGUGAUACGCAGAGGCACAGGCUUGGCCCUAAUCACUUGAUGCUGCCUGUGAAUGCCCCAAAAUGCCCCCAUCACAACAAUCACCAUGAUGGCGCUAUGAACUUCAUGCACAGGGAUGAGGAGGUGAAUUAUUUCCCCUCAAAGUAUGACCCUUGCCGCCACGCCGAGAAGCACCCUAUGCCCUCUGCCGUGAUAUCCGGGAGACGCGAAAGGGUGUGCAUUGAGAAGGAGAAUAACUUUAAGGAGCCUGGAGUGAGAUACCGGUCGUGGGCCCCGGACAGGCAGGAUAGGUACGUGAAGCGAUGGGUGGAUGCGUUAUCGGAUCCGAGGAUCACUCACGAGAUACGGGCGAUUUGGAUCACGUGGUGGACUCAGGUGGACAAGUCUCUUGGUCAGAAACUGGCAUCUCGUCUCAAUGUGAGGCCAACCAUGUGAAGAAGAAGAAGAAGGAAGCAAGUAAAGAAGCAUGUUUUGAUUUGAUGGAAUAAGUGGUGUUAAACACUCCCCCUAUCUACAAUGCGCUUGUUACUAUCUUGUAAUAUAUGCAUGUGUUGUAAUAUCUACUAUGUGUUUUGGACACAUUUGUAAUGCGAUUUAUAUAUGUGUGUUACGUUUCCUAUC